AUGUUCAAUAAAAGAAAGAUUAACAAUGAUAAAGUUGAUUUAUUAAAUUCUAAUUCCCAAAAAAAGCUUAAAAUUUCGCCACAAGAUCCUUUCCUUGCAAGAUUAUCAAAUUAUAAUCUAGAUUAUUUAGAUGAUCCAACACUCCAUUUAAAAGAAAUCUAUGAUCCAAAUUCUAAAUGGUUUUCUAAAUUAAAGAAACCAAAAUUUGAUGUACUUUCACAAUUACCAUACAAGAUAGAAUCUCAUAAAGAUCAAGCAACUUUUCUUUGUCAUAUCAUUUACAAUCUUUACAUUGCCAUUUCCUCAUUGGAUAUUCAAGGGCUUCUGUCAAUUUCUGCAAAGGAUUUAACAGGCUUAAAAAAUCAAAUUAAUGAUUUAAAUAAUGAUAUCGAUUUAAUUUCAAAUAAUGAUAUUGCCAACUUUGAUGAAGGAGAAGAUGAUGAAGAUGAGGAUCUUGAUGAAUCAAAUGAAUAUCUCGAUCUAUCUGCACCAGAUUUUGUACCAAUCGGUAAAAUUACAGAAGAGUCAUCAGCUAUUAUUAACGUUAAUCAUUGGACCAAUGAAUUAAAAAAUUGUUUGCAUUUUAACAUACCAUUAUCCUUAAGAAAAUCUUUAGUCACAGUAUACUAUCAUCUAGCUUUAGUCCAAGGUCAAAAAAUUUAUAGACAAUUACAUGUUGAAGUUCUUGAUGGUUUGCUUUAUAAUGAUGAUAAAGGAAAUAAUUAUGUAGCAAUGCUUAAAAAAGAUGGUUUAAUUUUAAAUCAUGAAUUAAUUUUUCAAUUCUUGUGUGAAUUUUUACCAUAUCCUGAUUCCGAUUAUGUUCGAUAUGAUGUUCAAUCAAAAGAAGAUCUACAAUUAUUUAGAUUACUAUUAAAAAUUGCACAUAUUUCAAAACAAUUUUUCGAUAGAGAAAAUGAAGAUAUUUUAACUAAUUCAAUGGAUUUUUUAUUAUCAAGUUUUGCACCAUCCACAAUGUCAUCUGUUUUACCAAUUAUAACUUCUUUUAUGCCAUAUCACUACAAUACGAAAAAGAAAAUAACCGAUUACUUCCCAUUUAUGUUCAGUAUUUGGUCUUCAGUUAGUGCAAAUAUUGUCAUAGAUACUCACAUGUAUGAUUUUGUGGGUUCUAUAUCUGAAGAUAUUCAUUUUAAUCAAUUACAAAAUACUAUUGAUAUUGCUGUUGUAAACAAUCUAUUCUCCGAAUAUGGCUUAUUCACAAGGGAACAGAUGGUUUUCUUAUUUAAUAGAUUACAAGGUCAUUUAAGAACCAAUGGUCAAAUUCAUUCGUAUUCAAGAACUGUAAAACCAUUCGUUUAUUCCAUUAAUGGUUCCGACUAUGGUUUCUUCUUUGAAAACUUGGUCAGUUUAACUAAAUCGAUUAAAACUUUUGUUCAUCCAUCAAAUAGUGGAUUUUGGACCAAACCUAUUGCUAAAUUUAUCCAUUCUUUCAUUAAAAUAUAUCAUGGUAGAGUUAAGUUAGAACAAAAGUACAAUUUUAAAAGUCCAAUUGCCCUAAAUUCAGAUUGUAAUGAUAAAAUAGUAGAAACAUUUCUUGAUCUAUUAAAUAUUGGGGCUCAAAAUAAAAAUACUGACAUUUCAAAUUAUUACAUUUCAUGUUUCGCAUAUUUGUUAGAUUUAGAACCAACUAAUAAGUACCUAGUUAUGGAUAAGAUAUUAACAGAUGUUUACGACGCACUAUCAGGCGAAUAUAUCAAUUCAAGACAUAGAAUUAUAGCAUCUUUAAAACAAUUUAAUAGAGUAGUAAGAUUUUUAGUUAUGGACAAAUUGUACCGCGUUCAUGUCACUAAUAUACUUUCCACUUUCGUUGAAAAAAUUGAUUUAAAUGAUAUCAAUUUAACGAGUAAUAUUAUCAAUGGGAUUGUGUCCAUAGCCUCCUUCAUACCCUUGGAAUGUCCAGUCCAGGAUAAAGAAUACCUUUCAUUCGAAUCUCAUACUCUACCUUUCAUAGAACAACAUUUUUACCAUUUAAAGUCUGGUAAAUCGUCUGAAACAUUCGAGUAUGAUGAUAAUGUCUUAGAAAGUGCUUUUAGAGCCUCUACCACUAUAUUUAAUCACAUUUUGAAAGCUUACAUAGAUAAAUUAUUUCUAUUAGCGGAUAUAGAAUUGGACGAUGGCUUUAUAACCAAGGUUAAUCAAACUACGAUGAUUAUGAUAGAAUCUCUGGAUGACAAGGCCUUUAACUAUGUUUCAGAUUUAUUACAAAGAUCGUUUUGGGAAAAUGAUGCUUUCAAGGAUAAAGAUGCAAAUUACGAAAUUGUAACUAUUCCCUUAGCAGCACUAGUUAAAAGAAACAAGUUUUUGAGUAAAAAGAUUUUUGAAGCAUUGAUCUUCAAUAUAAAGGAUCAAGUUAGUCGUGGGGCAGGUUCUAUAAGAAGCUCAACAGAGAUACAGAAGAGAGAUACAAAACUGGUUUUAUAUUUAACCGCCUUGAAUGAUGUAUUAAGACAAUCUCAUGACUCAAUCUUCGAAUAUAAGAAAGAAUUACUUGAAUUUAUGAAAUACAUUUAUGAAAAUAUUACCAAUCCACCAUUAGACGUUAUCACCUCAUUAAUUAUACACAAUGUCUUGUUAACACUAACCUCUACUGAAAUUACUGAGUUUAGAUUAUUUGAAAAGGAUUGCCAAUUGACCCUUGAUUCAAAAUGGGGUGGAUUACAGUUUGAUAAUAUUGAGAAAUACAAGCCAAGAAAUUUGAAUUUCAAAUGGCAUGUCCCAUCAAAGCAUGAGAUUGAAUUAGCCAUCGAAAUUCUUGAAACAAUUUCUUCAUAUUGUAUUGACAAAGUUGAAAAAUUGUUACAAUCGCCUCAAGCCAACACAUACUUCGUUGACAGCAUACAAAAAUUCGUAUUGAUUUUGACUCAUUCUAUUUCUGGUUCAAGUCUUCUUUAUGAUCCAGAUUACAAUAGACAUAAAAUGAGCAUUGUGAAUUCGAAUAAAUCAAUUGGAGCUCCCCAUAAUGAGAAGCUGAGGAUCUUGAAAGAUCUAAAAUUUAUCAAUUAUGAUGAGGACGAUUUAGUCGAUACUAAAAAGAAUGAAGACAUUGAAGAGUCCAUAGAUUCAAAAGUUUCUCAUGAUAACCACGAUGAAAUUGAAUUAAAAGAAUAUGAGGAAGUUGAAGAAAAUUUGAUUUUUGAAAAUGACGAUGAUUCUGGCGAAAGCAUUUCAGGAUCCGCUUCUCGUCUUUGUACCCCAUCCUUAACCGAAAAUGGUCACUUUUCUCCUCAUACAUCCAUUCAUGCAACGACAGGGCUCACUGAUCUGAAUAUAUUUUCAUGUAACUACUAUUUCGGCAAUGAGAUAGAACAAAAGUUUCAAAAUCCACUUUACGUCAAAGUUCAUUCAAUCAGAUCAAAUAUUGGUUCUUUUUUCCACAAAAUGUCACAAUUCUUAUCACGUAAUUAUGAACACAAUGCAAACAUUUACCAGAGUCUACUACAUGGUUUAAAGGUUUGGUUCAGUGAUGUAGGACAAGAAAAUACGUUCAAUGAUGAUCCUGGUGCGUUCCUAGAUCUUGACUUCUUAGAGAAUAUACAGUCUCUAGCGCACCUGGAAGAUCCUCAUACAAGAACUCUUUUGGCUGUUAGAGUUGAUAAUGUUCAUCAAAGUCGUGUUCUGUUACAUUCCACAAGUAGGCGUGGUUCAAAAUUGGAAAACAUACUGCUAAGAGACAUAAUUAAAUUAUCUUGUUCAGUUUACCCUAAUAUUCAUAAGCCAGCACAGGGAGCUUUGGUCCAUUGUAUGAAACACAUAACAGGAUCCUACACCCUAAUCGUUAGUUCAAUAUUGAAAUUGUUGAAAGAAAACGUGAAGUUGCAAGAAAACAUGCAAAUUAAAGUUUUAUUGAAAUUGUUAUUGAUAAAGAAAAUUAAUAGAAAACUGAUGUCUGAUGUCAAAAACCUUGAAGAGUUGUGCUUGACUUUGAUAGAAUGUUGUAGAAUCAAUGAAUUGGACAUUUCUUUGUUUGCAGAAAAGAUUAUCACUGAUAUAGCCUCAGGUUUGAAGAUCCCAUCAUCAAUUUGUGUGCAUAAUGAAAAAAUGUUUAUCCCAAUUCAACCUCCUGACGAAAAAAUUGAUUUACAGGUCCAAACUGUGAAAUUCGCCAAGGAACAAAAGCGUAAGCAGUACCUCGAUUUACUUGAUUCUUUGGAAGCGGGAUUGCUGAUCGUAUUACAAAAUGAGAAGUCAUUGAGCUGGAAAAUUCCUAUUAUCAUAAUUAAAUUUAUUGCGAGAAUUCAAUCCAGUUUGGAAACCACCACUCGUGCCAAAACAAUAGCUGCCAUUUUUGCUCAAAGUAAAGCUAGACAUCCAGACAUCGUUCAUUUGGCUUUGAGAUCAUUUUUAGCGAUUUUCAAUAAAGUAUUUUCCUUAUCUGAUUAUGGUUAUGAUAUAUCAAGAGCUUAUCAAACUUCAUAUGAUCCGCCAUUUGUUACUGAAAUCGACACUUCUUCUCCAGCAUCGACCCAACUUUUCAGAAAAGAAAUGAAUAAUUUCAAAUCUCCAAGUUAUUUCAUAGAUUCUAGAGGCUGCGUUGGCUGGCUAUGUUGGGGUAGAAAAUUGAAAGUUGUAAAAUCAUCUCGUGUGGAAAUUAACUUGGAAGUAAAUGAAGUUGAAGCCGUUAAAUGUAUAGGUAAUUUGGUUUCUUUGGAGUGGCUAGAAAAUAUGAUGACUACAUUAGUUCAAGAUAACGAAACGCGUAGUGUUUUUAGUAGUGGGGAUGUAUCUUUUUUCACUUUCAUGAUUAUUUUAAUUUCCAAGAAGUAUACGAAAAACUUGACUCUCGAAGAUCUCUUCAAACUGUGUGAAAAAUUUUAUGAUAGAGAUGACAAAGCCUCGAUGAUUAUGUCUAUUGAAAUAUUUUCUGCUUUUAUUUGUGCCUCCAAAUAUAUGAAUAAAGAGGAAUUAAAGAAACGUGACGUAUUUGCCGAAAACUUUCUGCAGAAUGCAUUAGAUCAUGGGUUUAAUCAUGACGCUUUUGAAAUUUGGAGCACAGUGUGUUGGUGGCUUCCUACAAUUGUUGAUAUUAGAAGGUUUGAACCAUUUUAUAGAAUUAUUUCUCAGAUUGACAACUUUUCUGAUAUCACUUCUGAUGCAGCCGCUCAACAGGCUCAAAGAAACUUAAUGUUAAGGAGCCUUCUAAUGGGAUUAGAAUUCAAAAGUCCAAGCACAGAAGAAAUUUCCAAAAAUUUGCCAUUCGAGCAUCCUUAUGAUCAGGUCCGUUCUUCGAUUGCUAAAUUAUUUUCAACGCUAGUGCAAAAUGAAUGCUACCCUUCAUUCAAAAACAGUGAAGAGCUCAUGAACCUGGAGAUUACAAAUGUUGAUGGCCUUGGUUUACCAAUGAAAUCAGCGUCACCAGGUAUUGAUUCAACUAUCAGGAAGCAAUUCCAUGAAAUCACCCAGGAAUAUGACAAAGUUAAACAUUUGUCCCCUCAGGAAAUUUUAAAGACCCGUUACUACUACAUUUCCUCUACGAUAUUUUAUUGGGUCAAAGAUAUGAUCAAGGGACCAAACAAAAUCAUUAUAAUUCCCUAUUUGGUAGAUUACAUAAUCCCUUUCUUGACCACUUUGACUCUUCAAAAGGACCUUUGUAAGUUAAGUGGUAUAGAUCCAGCGUCUAUUUACCUCGGAAUAGCGUACUUACCUAUCAGAAAAGAACAAAUUAAGCCAAUUGUUGAUUCUAUCACCGAAGUUUCCAAUGACACCACUUCCUAUGGAUUGAAAUUACGUUUGGCAUUUGUACAACACUUCCUUUCUUCGCAAUUAUUACAAUUAACUACGGAGCAAAAGUCUCAGAUAUUGCAAUUCGUAGUUGAUCAAGUUUAUAAUGAUAAUUACGUUGAAGUAAGAAUUCGUGCAGCAGAUGUAUUAUCAGAUAUUGCUCAUAACAUUGAUGAUUCACAAGAAUUGGAAACAUUAAUAGAAAAUUUUUCUGCCAAGUUGAAGGGCUAUACAUGGGAAGAAAAACAGAAAUUAUCCAAGACUAGCAUGGAAAUACACGGUAGUGUAGUCGGUUUGGGAGCUGUAAUCUCAGCUUUCCCAUACGUUUUCCCAUUACCAAAAUGGAUACCAAAGGAAUUGAGUGAAUUGUCUUCUUGGGCAAGGACCAGUGGUAUGGCAGGAACUUCUGCAAAGGAUACCAUCAGUGAAUUCAAGAAAGUUAGGGCAGAUACUUGGAAAUUUGAUAGAUUAGAAUUUACUAGCGAUCAGCUGGAAGAUUUGCAGGGCGUACUAUGGAGAAGUUAUUACGCUUAA